GUGGUUUGGGCCUUUAGAAGAAGAAAAUCCUGAAUCUAGAGCCUUGAGUCUGUUGAAGGCAAUCUUGACAAAGGUCAUGGAGGGUGGAGAGCUGCCUGGAGUCUUGGUGUUUGCACUUGAAGGACCCUAUGGUGUAUGUGAGGGUCACAUUGGAGAGCUGCAGAAACAGUUCAGUCUCAUUACCAUGACAGAAUUUGUGGAAAAUAAGACACAAUUCCGUCAGAAGAUCCAAGCCAUAUACAUAUGGGGUGGAAAGCCGGUCAUUGACCGGGAGCUUCUGCAGAGCUUGCCUUCCCUGAAGAUUAUUGCCAACGGGGGAGUUGGCGUGAACCACCUGGACCUGCAGCUCAUCGCCAGCUUCGGCGUGAAGGUGGCCAACACACCGCACGCCGUCUCUGACCCCACGGCAGACCUGGGGAUGGCCUUACUGCUGGCCGCAGCCCGCAGAGUCCUUGAAGGCUGCCAGCUGGCCGUUGCACCAGACACAGAGGACUUCUGUGUGAACUGGAUGGGUCAGGAGGUGACGGGGGCCACUCUGGGGAUUGUUGGCAUGGGCAGCAUCGGCUACAGGAUCGCUCAAAGGGCCAAAGCGUUCGAAAUGAAGAUUCUGUACCACAAUAGGACCCGCAGGAAAUUGGAGGAGGAGGAAGCUGUUGGGGCCACUUACUGUGAGAGGCUGGACAACCUGCUGCAGCAGUCGGACUUUGUGAUGCUGGUGGCCAGCCUGACGCCCCAGACCCGUGGGCUGAUCGGGCGCAGGGAGCUGCGGCUGAUGAAACCCACGUCCAUCCUCGUCAACAUCAGCAGAGGUCUGCUGGUUGAUCAGGACGCUCUGGUGGAUGCUCUUCAGACUGGGGUUAUUAGCGCCGCAGCGCUAGAUGUGACCUACCCGGAGCCCCUGCCCAGAGAUCAUCCUUUGUUGAAGUUGAAGAACGUCACUCUGACGCCUCACAUUGGAAGUGCGACGCACCAAGCCAGACGGCAGAUGAUGAGGGACAUGACUGACAGCAUCCUGGCUGCUCUCGGUGGCCGUCCUGUCCCCAACGAAGUGCUGCUGCAGUGACUCCCUGGGCGAGGCGUGGCAGAUCACAGGGGAAGAGCGUAUUUUGUGUUCCUUAUUGACGUCCAGCCCAGCACAUAGGCCGUGUACUGUUGUUUUGGCCGGGCAGGCUUUCAGGACGGGCGUGGUAGCGAACUCCUGUGGCAGCCUUGGUCUCGUCAUCCUCAGCACCGCUCUUGAGGGAACUUGUUUUUCUCAUUCGUAAAUGGGGCACAGAGAAUUGCUUGUCUAAAGUCUCAGCCUGCAAAUAUUUAUACCUGAAUUUUGA